GGCUUCCAGGAAGUAGCUGCUGCUGCUGCAGAACUUGGAAGGGAGUGAGGGGAGAAGGCGGAGAGAGGUUGCAAAGGUGAAGGUAGGUGACACAUUCUCCCCUCCUUGAGAACCAUGUGGGAUCCCAAUGCAGGCCAGCCAGGCGCCUACCCAGGAGCUGCCUAUCCUCCCAACCCUUCUUAUCCAGCAGGCUUCAACCCUGCCCACCCCCCUCCUGUGAAUCCUGCCUUUCCUCCAGGUCCAGUACCUGCUGGCUCAUAUCCUGGGCCCCCAGCAGGGAUCCCCGGGCAACCUGCAUACCCACCAGGUCACCCUAUCCUGCCCCCAUAUCCUGGACACCAACCUGGUUACCCUGUCCCCCCUGGCGGUCCUUACCCCCCACCUGCCCCGGGUAUGCCCGGAGGGAUGGGGGUGAAUCCUUUGCUGCCCGGGGCUGUUGCGAUGGGGACCCAUGGGAUGGAUAAGAAGGCAGCGAAGAAGAUGAAGAAGAAGAUGAAGAAGGCGCACAAGAUGAACAAGCCACACAAGCACCACAAGAUGCAUGGGAAGCACUCCUCCUCCUCUUCCAGCAGCAGCGACUCCGACUGAGGCCUGUUCCUACCUCUUCCCGCAAAUGCUGAUCCUUGCGCCAGUCUUCCUGCUUCCAACAAGCGCUGAUCUACUUAGCUGUCACCAGAUAACAAUGAGGACUGCUUGCGGGUCACCCGUUAUUUACAGGGUUUGGCCAAAGUUUAUCCCAACGGCAUGCGCAACCUUCCUUCAAAGUCUGAUGGGAACUCUGGUGUUGAUGAUUUAAACCGGGUUGGUGGGAUCAGCUAAUGAGUCUUCAGAAAGUCAGAAUGUGAGGGCCACCAGAUGGCUUAAGUAAAGUCCAUCUGCAAAUGCGUGGCAGCCUUUGCUCUUCUGAAAUGUAGGCUGUUCAAAAUGGCAGCCAAUCAGGUUGUUUCUCGAAGCUUUCUGAUUGGCUUCCUCAGGCAGUUGGGGUCCAAUUGAAUGGAUAAGAUGUGCUUUAAGUGACAAAGAAGUGGGCCUUCAGAUGGCGUUGAACUAGACCUCCCAUCAUCCCCAUGCUGGCUGGGACUGAUGGGAAUUGUAGUUGCAAC